GUCAAAAAGGCUUCACUCACGCUGGCCGAAGGGCUGAUGCUUAACUCAGGUAAACGCACAAACACAGAGGCGGGAAAAGGCCACAAACAGUCACGGAGGACGUCAGCAGCUCAGUCUUUGUCUGAGUUUCUGCUGAAAACAUUUCAGCUUCAGGUUUGCAUCCAACGAGCUCCAGAAGGUGGAGCGUUGAGCUGCAAGCUUCUCCUUUGGGUUCCAGCAGGAGAUCCCUGCAGGCGUUUGUUUGUCCCCAGGCAGCGCCGUUAUUUGAGUCAUGUUUUCUAUAAACGAAUUACUGCUGCGGCGUGCUGGAUUCCAUCAGGCCGGCCUGAUGCUAUCGCUGCAGCAGAGAGACUGAGGGGCUUUUGUGCCACCAUCAUCAUCAUCAUCAUCAUGGUUUGCCCUUUGCAGGUCAGCAUGGCAGCUUCCUGCUUUUGUCUGCAGUUUUUCUGAUGUAAACAUGCAGCCUGGAGGAUGGGGGUGAAGAGGAGGGCGUGCUGAGGCUUUUUUCCGCUGAUGUGUGCACCCGUGAGGAAGAUGAGGCGCGCAUAUUUAGAGGUGAUGGUCAGAAUAGAGAGAGACGAGGCUUCAGACACCUGCUGGAAGCAGAGCUAGUAGAACAGCUUCUGGUUCCUCGUCAGACUCCGACUUUCUGUUUGAUCGUUUUCUUUGCAGCGUGAAGCAGCAUGGAGGCAGCCAUCACCACCAUAGUCAGCCAGUUCCAGGUGCAUGCUGGGAGUGAAGGAUGCUCCAGCACGCUGAGCAAAGACGAGUUCCAGCAGCUGGUGGCUUCUCAGCUUCCAAACUUGGUGAAGAACGCCAGCGACCCCGGAGUGAUCGACCAGCUCAUGAGCUCCAUAGACGAGAACAACGACGGGGAGCUGACGUUCUCCGAGUUCUGGCAGCUGAUCGGGAAACUGGCGAGCAAACAGGGAGGUUACGGCCAGUAGGCCUCCAGGAUCUCCUGGUUGUGCAACACCUGAAAGGCAUUUGAAUUCCUUCACGGCUCCGCCCACCUGCGUGGCACAUGUGUGACUCCGUGCUUAAGCAUUUGUUGAAUGUCUGGAACUAUGAAUUAAAGACUUCCUGGUGUUGCAGCUUCAACCAUCCA